AUGGCAACCUCACAUCAGGACGACACUUUCAAGGUGGUUAUCGUGGGCGGCGGCAUUGCCGGACUGACGCUCGCCAAUGCUUUGCAGCAUGCCGGUGUGGAUUAUGUUCUCCUGGAGGCCAAGUCUGAGAUUGCACCGUCGUUGGGUGCAUCCAUCGGAAUCGCUCCCAAUGGAAUUCGAAUCCUCGAUCAGUUAUCGUGCUACGAUGCGAUAGAAGGCCUCAUCACGCCGGUCGAGACUGUGGGACUCCACGACGUCAAUGGGAAAGAACUCGCUCCGAGAUCGGAUAUGUUUAAGCUUGCCCGCGUGCGGAUGAAUUAUCCCGUCUGCUUCCUGGACAGACAAGCACUACUCAAAAUACUCGCCGAACACGUAUGCGAUCAAAGCAGGAUUUGCCUCAGUAAACGUGUGGCAACCAUCGAGCAUUUCGUGGAUCACGUAGAAGUUUGUUGCACUGACGGCACCUCGUACAAUGGCGCUGUUGUCGUUGGCGCCGAUGGUGUCAACAGCACAGUACGUCGGGAAAUGUGGCGUGCUGCCGAAGCUCUCGAGUCGGGGCUGACAAGUAAGGAGGACCGGGCCACUCUCUUUGCUGAAUACAAAUGUCUCUACGGCAUCUCGUCUCCAACAGCUGGAUUAGCUAUCGGAAACUUCGAAGUCACAUUCGCCCAAGAUGUCUCAACCAUGGUCAUUUCCAGUAAGGGCGGCCGUGUAUUCUGGUUUCUGUUCGGACGUUUGCCCAAAGUCUGCCGCGCUGGUGAGAUUCCAAGGUUCAGCCGGUCCGAGGCUGAACAGUUUGCAAGGGAAAACCUGGAUAUACUGAUCACUCCUACUGGCGUGAAGUUUGGCCAUAUCUGGAAGAAUAGGGAAAACUGCACCCUGGUUCCUAUCGAGGAAGGAGACUAUGCCCAUUGGACUUGGGGCCGAUUUGCAUGUGUCGGGGAUAGCAUCCACAAGAUGACCCCUAACAGCGGUGCGGGUGGAAACGCUGCCAUCGAGAGCGCUGCUGCGUUGGCCAACGCCAUUAACUCCUUGAAGAUCGCUGCAUGCAAUCCGAGCCUCGAGGAUGUGAGUCACAUCAUGACAGGCUAUCAGGAGGAGCGGAAAUUCCGUGUUUCCGAAACUAUCAAGUCGGCUCACCAAGUGACUCGUUUCCAAGCUCUCAAAGGAGUGAAGGAGCGUUUGAUUGCAAAAUAUGUACUCCCGGUCACUGUCGAACUUGGGGCAGACUCGGAAACGGAUGGGUGGAUUGGAUCGACCAUGCUGAACUAUCUUCCACCCCCACCCCGCUCUUUGUGUGGUACCAUGCCCUUCAAUCCGUCGCAAGGACGUGGAAAGCAUGAGAGCCUCCUGCGCCGAGCCAUCUUCGCUCUACCACUGCUCGCAGUUGGAAUAUGGUGCUUUGUUGUGAUCCUGAAGCAUCUUCCAUUUGGCCUGUUCACAGAGAUACUUGAAUCCGGACGUAUAAGCUGGGACCACGAUCGAUCAGUGUCUGUUAUCAAGACUCUGUUUCACAUCGAGUUCCUGGAUCAGAUGCUCCGGAGUGCUGCACUCGCUAUGGUCCCUUCGGCUCUCGCGAUGGACAAACCCAGCGCUCUGCAGAUGCUCACGUUCAUCACCGAUACUGGCCUUGUGUACGCAAUCAUGCUCGUCGAAGGCGCGCGCCGCGCAAAUCUCUUCAAGCCAGCAUCCUUGCCCUUUAUAUUCGGACUCCUGGCGGUCAAUGGCAUCGGAGUUUUCUUUCCUUUAUACUACUACCUCUUCUACGUCCUCAGUCCGAUCGCCACAUUCGCGGCACUGGACAAACGCCUCACGGACCGUGCUUUCACACUCGGCGUGUUGCCGGUGUUGGCGCUUUCGUACUAUACGCCCCUCUUCGUCGCCUAUUGCGCCUCGAGUCUGGAGCUCCGCUACCGCGCACUAUGGAUGUGGCAUCUGUUCCCUGUAUGGACCGUGGUCGGCCAGCAUGUGCUCGCUUGGACGGUGAUGCCCAAGACGAUCGUCACGGACCGCAUGCAGAAUCCGAAGCGCGACCUGUGGGCAAUUCGGAUCACCAUUGGAUCACUGACGGCAUUAUCAGCGGCCGUCUGGCUCUCGACUCUUUACCAAGCAUUACGUUUUGGGUUCUCGCUUUCAGCUCUUUUCUUUCCCAAUGAUGACAUUCACACGUACCUUGGAGGUGUUCGCAACAUGCUGGUCUGGGAUCAGUUGUGCUUCUCUCUCAGCUCGCUGCUCUGGAUGCUGUAUCUCUUCUCCGACCUGAAGCGAGCAGGAAUGGUACGACGAAGUUGGUCUUUUGUGCUGGGGGUGCUCAUCGGCGCGUCUGUUUUCGGAGGGACCGGAGCAGCUGUUGGUGUGGCUUGGCUGUGGAGAGAAGAGGUGCUGGCAUCGAGAAGGCACAAGGAUGCAGUUGUCAAAGCGAAGGGAAGCUAG